CGAUUUCCCUGACCGUGGUCAGUGGUCGUGUUUGAGAAUUAAUUCCUGGAUAUUAUUUAGUUAAUACACUGUUAAUAGUUUUAACUGUUUUAAGUCGUAUUAUUCCUACUCGUUACCAUCAAUCGUUUACGCCGUUUACGGGCUUACGCCGCUCGUCUCAAUUGUCUCAUUUCCCUACUAAACGUAAUUUGGUCUAUUAUUAUUAUUAUUAUUAUUGCUACGAAUUAUUUGGUGUGUGGUUGCACUUAUAAUAAUAUUAUAUUAGUAUUGUAAUUCAAUUAUUGUGUUAUCACCUCGUAAGUGUCGUCUACAAGAAUUCUUCAGAUCAACAGGAAAUACCAAUUAUUGUGCGAACAAUUUUUUUAGAUUCUGUGUAUCAAUACCAAGGACGCCUAGAUACACCUCUACCGCUCGAAAAAAAAAAAAAAUUUUCGCUCAUUUCGCGAUUACCAUCGCGGCGCAACGCUCGGCUGUACUGCCGAGUAAGAGACGGCCAUAAUAAUAUCAAUAAAAAAUUAUGGUUGACACAGCCGAGGCCACCAGACGGUUGAACGUCAAGAAGCAAACAUUGGACGAUGCAUAUGCAGCUCCAGCCAAUUUCUUAGAAAUUGAUAUACUAAACCCUAUAACGCACGGUGUAGCCAAAAAACGAUACACUGACUAUGAAGUUCGCAUGCGAACAAACUUACCAGUGUUUAAGGUCAAAGAAUCCAGUGUUCGUAGACGUUACAGUGAUUUUGAAUGGUUGCGCAAUGAACUAGAACGAGACAGUAAGAUUGUUGUACCUCCUUUACCCGGUAAGGCAUGGAAAAGACAAAUGCCGUUCCGUAAUGAUGAUGGUAUAUUUGAAGAAGAAUUUAUUGAAGAACGGCGAAAAGGCCUUGAAGUUUUUAUAAACAAAAUUGCUGGUCAUCCAUUGGCACAAAAUGAAAGAUGUCUACACAUAUUCCUACAAGAACCAGUAAUUGAUAAAAGUUAUGUACCGGGUAAAAUCAGAAAUACUUAAGUUAGGGUUAGUCAAUAUCUCCACCGAUUAUGCCUCUAAAUGUUAUUUUUAUUUCGCCAAUGAAUUCUACAUAAUUUACAGAACAUUUGUUUGUCCCAACAAUACACUAAAAUAGAUACCUUUUUUUUAUUAGCAAUUAUUAAUAUUUUUUAAUAAUCUUUAUUGUCAUUUAUAUUUUAUUUUUAUUUUUAAAAAUCUCAUUAUACUCAAUCGUUKAUUUUAGAACUAUGUUACAACAUCCCUAUAUGGAAUUAUGUUAUUUUAGUGUCUGAAUUACUGGUAUGUUUAUUGUUUAUUGAU